UUUCGCAGCCAAUCAUUUCCAGCAAUCUCGCCCCACUCUUCCCUCUCCAUCCGCGCAGUCCCUCUCCUGCACCUCCUUCCAAGUCCUAGACUAGGACGCAGCAGUCUGCACACCCCCUCUCUCUCUCCCUAUCUCUCUCUUGCCAUGGCUCCUUUCCCGCGCACAGGCGGGAAGGUAGAGAUUUGACAAGUUGACUCCCGCCGGAACGCACGCAGGAACAACAAAAAAAAAAAAAAAGAAAAGAAGAAGAGGCGGAAUGGGACCGUCGUGCGCUACUUUUUGCCUUUUCUUCGCCGCGCUGCCGACCCUCCGAGGCAAGUUCGGGGCUGAAGCGGGGACAAGUUCUGCAGCGGACGGGAGGUUUUACCCCCUGAGAUGGGGCGGAUGGUUGCAAAAGGGCGGGAGGGACGACGCGCGGGAAACGGCGGCGCUGCGGGUGCAGAACAAAGAUGUGGUUAAAAGGAGCGCGGACGGGGUUUACAACUACAGAACCGAGCACCGGCGCGUCGGGGAGGAAACCAAAGCGUCUUCGCACCCGCAACUCAACACGUCCACCUUUGCUCUGUCGGGGGAUUCUGCGCACAACCAGGCCAUGGUGCACUGGUCCGGCCACAACAGCAGCGUGAUCCUGAUCCUGACAAAACUGUACGACUUCAACCUGGGCGCCGUGACCGAGAGCUCUCUGUGGAGGUCCAGCGACUCCGGCAGCACGUACACCAAACUCAAUGACAAAGUGGGCUCCAGGACCGUUCUGAGCUACCUUUACGUUUGUCCCACCAACAAACAGAAGAUAAUGAUGCUCAGCGACCCCGAGGUGGAGAGCGCCGUCCUCAUCAGUUCGGACGAGGGGGCGAGUUUCGAGAAGCACGCCAUUAGCUUCAACAUCCUCAGCCUGCUCUUCCACCCCGCCAAGGAGAACUGGAUCCUGGCCUACAGCCACGACGGCAAGCUGUACAGUUCCACGGACUUCGGGAAGAAGUGGCAGCUGGUGCACGACAACGUGAUGCUGGGUCGAUUCUACUGGGCCGUGAUGGGGCUGGACAGAGAGCCGGACGUGGUCCACAUGGAGACGCGCAUCGCAAAAGGCCGUGCUCAGUACGUGAGGUGCAGAGUGCAGAGGUGCACGGAGGCCAACAGACAGUACCUCUUCCCGGGCUACGUGGACACCAACUCCUUGGUCGUGCAGGACGAAUACGUCUUCACUCAGGUAACCACGUCCGGACGAGCCAGCUACUACGUGUCCUACACGAGAGAAGCGUUCAAACGCAUGCAGUUACCUAAAUAUUGUCUUCCAAAGGACAUGCAUAUCAUCAGCACGGAUGAGAAGCAGGUGUUUGCGGCGGUUCAGGAGUGGAACCAGAACCACACCUACAGCUUGUACAUCUCGGACUCGCCCGGGGUCUACUUCACCCUUUCACUGGAGAACCUAAGAACCAGCCGAGGACCGACUGGUAACCUGCUGGUCGACUUCUACAAGGUGGAGGGCAUACACGGCAUGUACCUGGCCAACAAGCUGGUGGAGCGCCGCAUCAAGACGUACAUCACAUACAACAAAGGACAAACCUGGGCUCUGCUGCCGGCUCCCGCCACGGACGUGGCCGGGAAUAAUAUCCGCUGCGAAACGCCUUUUUGUUCGCUGCAUCUUCAUCUGGAAAUGUCUGAGAAUCCCUACACAUCCGGACCCAUCACCAGCAAAAAGUCUGUACCGGGAAUCAUUGUGGCGACAGGGAAUAUUGGAACGGAAUUGUCCUCGGACCACCUUGGAAUGUUUCUGACGUCUGAUGCAGGAAAUAGCUGGAGACAGAUAUUCAAAGAGGAGCACAAUAUUUGGUUCCUAGACAACGGAGGGGCUCUGCUGGCCGUGUUGCAGGCGCCCACUCCCAUUCGACACUUGUGGAUCAGUCUGGACGAGGGCAAGAAAUGGGACCGCCACACUUUCUCCCUGGCGCCUCUGUACGUGGACGGCGUCCUGAUGGAGUCUGAAUCCGACAAUCACAUUAUCACUUUCUUUGGACACUUCAGCCACCGCUCAGAGUGGCAGCUCAUGAAGAUCGACUACAAGGGUCUGUUCAGUAGGAAAUGCAUGGAGGGAGAUUAUCAGACCUGGUUCCUGAAAAACAAAGACGAGCUGUGUGUGAUGGGCGAGAAGCAGACUUUCAUGAAGCGCCGACCCGGAAACCGCUGCAUGCUGGCUCAGGACUACUCCAGGAUUUACUCGUCCGAACCGUGCCAAUGCAACACCUACGACUUCGAAUGCGACUACGGCUGGGAACGCGGCGCGGGCGGAACCUGCUCCCCGGCUUUUUGGUUUCGUCCAAACAGCUUGCCUCAGAGCUGCAUCACGGGACAGACCUUCCUCAACAGCACCGGGUAUCGUAAGGUUUUAGCCAACAACUGCAAAGAGUCCGGGAAGAAUGUGUACUCGCCCAGGCGGCAGGCGUGUCGUCCCAGACCACCCAGAGGCCUCCGCUUGACCACCGGCGGCGACGGCGGCGGCGGCGAGCUGAGUGCCGGCGUUGGAAGCAACGUCACGUUCAUGGUGCACCUGGAAGAGGGAGACUCGCUGAGGACCAGCAUCCAGCUCGACUUCGGGGACGGGAUCCGGAUCACUUACUCCAACCUGAGCCGGGCCGACGACGGCAUCAAACACGUCUACAGAGCGAGCGGGAUUUACCGCGUCGCCGCCUCGGCUGAGAACAGUCAAGGAUCUGACAGCUGCACUCUCUUCUUGCACAUCAGCAGUCCGGUGGAGCGUGUUUAUCUCUCUGCUCCCAUCGUGGCCGUCAGGGGGAAGGAGACCAACUUGACCGUGGUGGUUUGGCCGGGUCACAUUCCGACCUUGACCUUCUUUUGGUGGAUCGCCAAUAGCUCCGAGCCGAUCAUCACACUGGAGGCGAGUAUCUCCUACACGUUCCAGAAGGAGGGAACAAACAAGGUCACCGCCCAGGUGGCUUCUGGGAGCACGGUGAUGCAGGACUCCAGAGUCCUAACAGUGAAAGAGUUCUUCAGGUCGCUGCUGUUGUCAUUCUCGCCGGCGCUUGACGAGCACAAUCCUGACAUCCCAGAGUGGCGGGAGGACAUAGGCCGCGUGGUGCAGACGGCUCUGUCACAGAUUUCUGGUGUUCCUGCCAAUCAGCUACUGGUUUCUUUGUACCCGGGACUUCCCACCACAGCGGAGCUCUUCAUCCUACCUGAUGCGCCCACGCCACACGAGCACAAGAGACACACGGAGGAGGAACUCCAAAAGAUUUCAGAUGUUUUUGUCAACAUACUGAACCAAGACCUGGUCCAGUUUGAGUUGAAGGCAAACACCAGCAUCACAGUGUACCUCACUCAGCAAACACUAGCACCGCUGGUGGACUCCAGCGCCCUCCACAGCGGGUCGGCCAUGUUGGUGCUGAUCUCUGUGGUCUUUGUCGGCUUAGCGGCGUUCUUCAUCUACAAGUUUAAAAGGAAAAUCCCGUGGAUCCACGUGGAGACGGAGGAGAGUCGGGAGAAAGAGCCCGAAGUGAUCAGCACGGUCAGUCAGAACGACAACAAGUCCAAGGUCAAGCUCAGUGAGUUUCCCUCGGAGAAGGAAUUCAUGGGAAAAGAGCUGGAGGCCAGGAAAAGAGGAACAGCAGGAAGGAACAUGGAGAGAAUUGUAACCAGGGAAUACCCAAACUGUACUAACGUCUAAGACAUGCACACUGUUGACCUGUAAGUACAGAUUGUCGUCUAUCAAUUGUGCUGCAAAUUGUUCGCUUUAUUAGCUUUUUGUUUUUUACUACAUUAGUGCUUAGUCCAUGCCGAUGGUCGCUAUACUGUAAAUCAUCUUUUCAACUCUAAUGCCUAAUAAAAGUAAAUAUCUUCUUUACACUACUUGAUAAGGAUUCAUCCACCAAGCGAGACUGCAUAAGAACUCUUGCACGGCCACAUGAGGAAUUUUAGUAGGAAGUUGUACAAAAACGUAAGUUACAUAUUCAUGUGUACUGUUUUUUUUAGCACACUUAAACCCCAGAAAAACUAAUUUAGACUUGCUGGACUGAAAGUAAAAUAAAUCAGAACCCGAUUAGCAAUUUUUAAGUAACAAAUGUAAAGAUGGGUUGACUAUUAGAACAUUAAACUAGGGCUGUCAAUAACAACAAGUUAAAGGCCUACUGAAACCCACUACUACCGACCACCCGGUCUGAUAGUUUAUAUAUUAAUGAUGAAAUAUCAACAUUGCAACACAUGCCAAUACGGUUUACUAAACUGCAAUUUUAAAUUUCGCGCGGAAGUAUCAUGCUAAAACGUCGCGGUAUGAUGACACGUGCGCGCCACGCAUUGUAGAGGACAUUUUGUUCCAGCACCGUUCCCAGCUAUAAGUCGUCUCUUUUCAUCGCAUAAUUCCACAGUAUUACGGACAUCUGUGUUGCUGAAUCUUUUGCAAUUUGUUCAAUGAAUAAUGGAGACGUCAAAGAAGAAAGCUGUAGGUGGACAUAAAACUAGGGCUGUCAAUAACAACAAGCUAAAGGCCUACUGAAACCCACUACUACCGACCACGCAGUCUGAUAGUUUAUAUAUCAAUGAUGAAAUAUUAACAUUGCAACACAUGCCAAUACGGCCGGGUUAGUUUACUAAAUUGCAAUUUUAAAUUUCCCGUCGCGGUAUGAUGACACGUGCGCGUCACGCAUUGUAGAGGACAUUUUGUUCCAGCACCGUUCCCAGCUAUGAGUCGUCUCUUUUCAUCUCAUAAUUCCACAGUAUUAUGGACUUCUGUGUUGCUGAAUCUUUUGCAAUUUGUUCAAUGAAUAAUGGAGACGUCAAAGAAGAAAGCUGUAGGUGGGAAGCGGUUUAUUGCGGCCCACUUUAGCAACACAAACAGAGCCGGUGUUUCAUUGAUUACAUUCCCGAAAGAUGACUUUGAAGCUUUACUAUGGAACAGCUUCAUAUUAUAUUUAAUCUGUACUUUUUUCUUUUUUUUAGCCCACACUCGUCUUAAAUUGAAAAAAAAAAAUUUAGACUCACUGGGCUGAAAGUAAAAUAAAUCAGAACCUGAUUAGCGAUUUUUAAGUAAAAAAAUGUUAAAAAUAGGUUGACUAUUAGGACAUAAAACUAGGGCUGUCAAUAACAACAAGUUAAAGGCCUACUGAAACCCACGUCUCUUUUCAUCGCAUAAUUCCACAGUAUUAUGGACAUCUGUAUUGCUGAAUCUUUUGCAAUUUGCUCAAUGAAUAAUGGAGACGUCAAAGAAGAAAGCUGUAGGUGGGAAGCGGUGUAUUGCGGCCGACUUUAGCAACACAAACACAGCCGGUGUUUCAUUGAUUACAUUCCCGAAUGAUGACGUUGAAGCUUUACUAUGGAACAGCUUCAUAUUACAUUUAAUGUGUACUUUUUUUUUUUUUUUCUAGCCCACACUAGUCUUGAACUGAAAAAAAUUGUUUUAGACUUGAUGGGCUGAAAGUAAAAUAAAUCAGAACCUGAUUAGCAAUUUUUAAGUCAAAAAUGUUAAAAAUAGGUUGACUAUUAGGACGUAAAACUAGGGCUGUCAAUAACAACAAGUUAAAGGCCUACUGAAACCCACUACUACCGACCACGCAGUCUGAUAGUUUAUAUAUCAAUGAUGAAAUAUUAACAUUGCAACACAUGCCAAUACGGCCUUUUUAGUUUACUAAAUUGCAAUUUUAAAUUUCGCGCGGAAGUAUCAUGCUAAAACGUCGCGGUAUGAUGACACGUGCGCGUGACGCAUUGUAGAGGACAUUUUGUUCCAGCACAUUU